AUGGAAAAACCGGGAGAUGGUGUUCUUGACGAAUUUGAACGCCAGUGUGAUAAUUUGCUUUUGUCACUGUCAUCAAUGGACUUCUCGCCCCAGUCAAAUUUUGCCGAAUGCCGUUUCGGUGAUGUUUCUGAAAAUUUCAUUGAAUCGUGUCGUGACUUGGAUUCUUGGUUUACUUGCAAGCGUUUCAUUAUUAAUACCAAAUUUCCAGAAUAUGAACUCACUAAUGAAAUUAAUAGGUUACGAAAAGAAUUGGAAGACAAACAAACGUAUUUGAACUAUUUGCGAGGGAAGAUCUCAGCUUACGUUUCCUCUAUUGACGUUAUCACUGAAAAGCUAUCGGAUGGGGUAGCUUAUGUGCCUGAUGUGUAG